AUGGAUUCUUUAUUAAGAGAAAAUGAUGUUACUCCAAACAAGGAGCUUGCAAUUGAAGCAUUAAACCUAAAUUAUAGCUUUGGGGGACCACUAAUUCUUCAAAAUUUGCAUUUGGAGUUACAUAAAGGGAGCAGGUGUUUAUUGGUUGGUGCCAAUGGCGCUGGAAAGUCUACAUUAUUGACCAUACUUGCUGGGAAACGAAUGGUCCGUGAUAAAGUUAACGUGUUCGGGAAGAAUGCUUUCAGGGAUACACCAUCGGGUGUAACUUACCUGGGAACUGAAUGGGCAAAUAAUCCAGUAGUUCGAGGGGAUGUUCUAGUUUCCACCUUACUGUCGAAUAUGAAUGGCGAUAGAUACGUCGAAAGACGUGAUAAAUUGCUUGAAAUUAUGGAUAUUAAUCCUAAUUGGAGAAUGCAUCUGGUUUCGGAUGGUGAGAGACGCAGAGUACAAUUGGUGUUAGGGUUGAUUCAGCCAUGGGACCUGUUGUUGCUGGAUGAGGUUACAGUGGAUUUGGAUGUUUUGGUUCGUAGUGAUUUCCAUCUAUGUGAUUUCUCACAACUGUAUCGCAUACCUUUUAAAUCACCCAUUGAAGGACUCGGAGAUUGGCCAACCCACGUUGCUCAUAUAAAACGUGGAGCAAUCGUUGCAUUGCACGAUUUCUAUAAUGACUUUCCUGAACUUGACAAAAUGAUCACCAAAUCACUUGAGUUACGCACAACCAAUGAAAAAGAUACUCAAUCAUCAUCUCCUUCAACUGCCCAUCUACGCAGAGAUAUGGAUUCUCCACUGUUAAAGGUGGUUGAACAAUGGCUCAGACAAGAUUUUAUAGAGCUACGACAACUCAAGGAUGGAGAAAAAAAGAAAAAUCAGGCAGAGCAGGAUAAAGUCUUGUUAGGCGAGGAAUUACCCAGAACUAACUGGGAUGGAUUAUCGGAUAAUAUGAAAAUACACGGUGAUAAGUAUUAUAAUUACUGGAGAUGA